AUGAACAAGUUUUUAAAUUUAAUAGGAUUGGCAUUUGUUUUAGUUUUAUGUGCUUUCUCAUGUUCAAAUGCCGAGGAAAUGGGUUCAUGUUCAAGUUGGCAUGUAGCUCAAAAAGGUUAUACCUGCUAUGAUAUGGCCACUUCUUGUAAAGUUACUCUUGAUCAAUUCAUGCGUACAAAUAAAUUGGAUAACAAUGCUUGUAAACUCGUCCAAAUUGGAAGAAAAUAUUGUUGUAAUUAA